AUGCAAAUCCCGAAGCAAAGCUCACGCCCAGCGGACACAUGUGGGCCCUCAUUUCUUGACCGACCAGGCGAGAUUCGUAACUUGAUUUACGAACAAGUGUUCAAACGCACUGAACCAAUCUUCCUUCACAACACCGACGCCUACCAUGCGAUCGAACCCGAACGAAGAUUUGGCGACACAGAUGAGCGUUUCUACGCCCUGACAGCUAAAUUUGACUCGGAAUUCGAAUCCAGAAUCGGCCCUCACGACGAGUUCACCCAUGACUUCCACUUGGGCUUACCGCUGCUGCUGGUCUGUCGACAAAUCUACCAUGAGGCAGGUAGUGUGUUCUAUGGCGAGAAUACCUUCAUCUUCUCGCGAGUUCUCGAUCGCCAUGAUGUGAAGAAUAACCCGCGCUAUGACGAUUCCGAUGGGAAAGCUUAUCAUCAGUUCGCAUAUGCUUCUGUAUGGCUAUCCAAUAUUGGCAGUCAAUUUGCCAUGCUGAAGAAGGUACAUAUCGAUGUUGACGCCAUGUGCUAUCACGCUUGCAAACAUGCACUUGAUGACUUCGAUGUAUUGCCUUUAUUACGAUUGCUCUGGAAGAACAGUUCAAAGAAGUCUCCGGUUACGUUUGCCUGCACUGGCAGGAGGCUCCAACCUGAGUGCGAAAAUGCUGUUGCGCGGACUGAGGAGCAGAAGAAGCGGUAUGAUGUACAGAAAAGGCAGUAUCCGAAGGACUUGGUCAACGAAUUCAAUGCAAUCAUCUCCAGUUUGAUCGGAAACGGACACUUUAGUUUGCAAAGAUUCGCCAAUUUCGAUCGGCUGAUUCACUCUGCCAGCAUCCACUUUUCGGAACGUUACAUGAGAGUCACAUUUGACCGCGAACAUGUUCACUGGAGAGAGUUUGCAGUCGACCAGAAUGGGGACGUUGCUGUCAGAGCGCUAGGCUCAAAGCCAGACCACCUUCUCGACCUUCCGGGAAGUGUCCUGACAAAGAUUAUCAACAUGGCGAUGAUAUCGCCGAACGGUCUCAUAAUGGAUAUGAACACUCGUGCCAUACAUGGACUAAACCUUGCACCUCUCCAGCUCAGCAGACAGUCACGUUCUGAUUUCCAGAGGAGGCAUAUGUUAAGAGUCAACGCUAACAUCACUAUCGUCAAAACGAGCACCAAGCGCACAACUAGCUUCAAGGACUUCCAUUUUCUGCGAGUAUGGUGCAACAUGAAGCCUUGCAGCUACUUUCUCCCUUGCGCGUGUGGGUCCGUCGCAUCCGUCAACAUCGCUCUCACGUUCGAAACCGCCGCCGCAACUACACUAGACAAAUUACGCAUCAACGUCAAAGGCCUGAUCGACGCAGUGGAAUCUGUCGUCCAAAAAGAGCAUGUCAGCAUCUCCAUCGCACUCAAGCGCCCCGGCGCAAAUCCGUGCGAUCCAUUGCAGAGCAGGAUCCCCCUGCUGGGUCUAGAGCAGAGAGUCUUCUUGCUUCUCUCCGAUGUUAUAGCUGGCUGGCCCGUCCCGGGGGACAAGGUACCUGAUGUCUGGAUGGACGGACACGGGAAGCUGAUCAGCGCAACCUACUCUGCAUCAGCAACGACAUUGUCCAGCCGCAUCGAGAAUCGGCAUGCUACACUCAACCCGGUCGAGAUACAACGGCGAGGGUACCAGUUUGCUAUGGACCUGUAUGAUAACAAACUAGGCGUGAGAGGGGGUCGACGCGAGAUGUGGUCACGACUACAAAGAGACUAUUGGCCUGAUUGGCAGAAUUGGGCACGGAGGAGGAGGGAGGGAAGAUGAUAGGUUGUAUGCUUACUUGAGGAGGAGGGAUACUUACUUGAGGGAAGCGCGGGAACAUCCGGGCGCACCAAGUGAUGCUGAAAUUCUUCACACCUUCCGCGGAGAGCUUUAUAUCCCUACAGAGAGGCGAUAGCAACAUGUAGACAAUAUUAAAACAAAACUUCGCAAGGCUUAACACAAUGCGGAUGUAUACGUUACUCGCUUCUA